AUGACCUUAAACAAUCAAACCUCUACUAUAUCUUUACAAAAACAAGUAGAAAACCAAUAUACAUUUCUAAAAAAAAUAAUUGAAAUAGAUAAACAACAAAUAACCGUUUACGGAAAACUACCUAAAAAGAAUGAAAUAUAUACUAUAGGAAAAGGAAAUUAUAUCCUUGACCAAAUAAAAACUCCACCCUCAGAAGAAACAGUAUUCACAAUACGAAAAGCAUAUACUAGAAUAGAACAAGUAAUCAGAACAAUACAAUUACUAGAAAUACCUCUUUUAGAAGAAAAAGAAGAACUUACCUUACAAAACGCUUUUGAAAACAAAAAAUAUAACAACUUAUUUUUAUUUAUAAAAGAAAUACAUGAAUUAGAAUUAAUAAAGAAAGGACCACAACAAUAUCUAUUCGACAAUAGAUUUACAUCUGACGACAGUGAUAACUUUUUAGCCCAAGACGCAAGAUGA